UCGUGUCCAACCUGCGCGGCUUCCUCACCCAUCGCCUGAGCAACAUCACACCGAGCGACACAGGUUGUUCACUGGCAUGCCAACAACUCGUACACCUCCGACUCCGACAACUACACCAAAACAUGUAAAACCACACUGCGGCAGGAACAGCAACAGCAAUAGCAAGAGCAACAGCAGCAAAGGCAAACACAGUUAACCACAAGCAACGAAAAACCACCUCAAAGAGAAGAAAGAAAACGGAAGCCCGAAACAUAACCGGAAACGGCCAUAUUUGUAGCGAGUGCUAAGCGAUUUCCGGCUAAGACCAUGAUCGACGCCAGGCCACUUUGAGUACAAACCAAAACAGAUUCACAAAAGAAAGGAAACCCCCAGAUAAAGGGGACAUAUCGUACUCCCCAACUAUCCAUAAGAAGCAAUCAACAUGGCGGGCGCCUUCCAAAUACCUGUUAUUAACCUCGAGGUGCGCGAAGUCAAGGACAUCGUGUGGGAGAAAAUCCAGGAGCCGGUUAAUCAGCGCCGUCUCAUCCUGGUUAUUGUGUCCAUAGCCUUGUUGCUGGACAACAUGCUGUAUAUGGUGAUAGUGCCCAUUAUACCCGACUAUCUGCGUGAAAUAGGCAGCUUCGACGAUGGGCCCACGCCUCCGCCUCUAAGGGAUAAUAUCACAGGCAAGAUCAUACCUGUGCACCAUGACCACCAUGGCCAGGACUCUGCCACGGGCAUUUUGUUUGCCUCCAAAGCCAUCGUUCAGCUGAUGGUGAAUCCCUUUUCGGGCGGUCUCAUCGACAAGAUUGGCUAUGAUAUACCCAUGAUGAUCGGUCUCACCAUUAUGUUCUUCUCCACGGCCGUCUUCGCCUGCGGCAGCAGCUACAGCGUCCUGUUCUUUGCCCGCUCGCUGCAGGGAGCCGGCUCCGCCUUUGCGGACACCUCGGGACUCGCCAUGAUAGCCGAUCGCUUCACCGAGGAAAACGAGCGCUCGCAGGCCCUGGGCAUUGCCUUGGCCUUUAUCAGCUUCGGCUGCCUGGUGGCACCUCCAUUUGGCGGCGCCUUGUAUCAGUUCGCUGGCAAGGAGGUGCCUUUCCUGAUCCUGGCACUGGUCUGCCUGCUGGAUGGCCUGAUGCUGCUGCUGGUAAUGAAGCCCUUCAAGGAGCAGAUCAAGCAGAGCAAGGAAGUGCAGGACCAGGUGAUACCCAUUUGGCGUCUGCUCAUGGAUCCCUACAUCGCUGUCUGCGCCGGGGCCCUAACCAUGUCCAAUGUGGCGCUGGCCUUCCUGGAGCCAACCAUUUCGCUGUGGAUGGAGGAUAACAUGACCACGGAGAACUGGAAGAUUGGUAUGGUGUGGCUGCCUGCCUUCUUCCCGCACGUCCUGGGCGUGGUCAUCACAGUGAAGAUGGCCCGGAAAUAUCCGCAGCAUCAGUGGCUGAUGGCCGCCGGUGGACUGGCCCUGGAGGGUCUGUCCUGCUUCGUUAUCCCCUUCUGCAGUGGCUACAAGAUGCUGAUGUUGCCCAUCUGCGUGAUUUGUUUUGGCAUUGCCCUCAUCGACACGGCCCUGCUGCCCACACUGGGCUACCUGGUGGACGUCCGCUACGUGUCUGUAUAUGGCAGCAUCUAUGCCAUCGCGGACAUCUCGUACUCCAUUGCCUAUGCCGUAGGACCGAUCAUUGCCGGCGGAGUGGUGGAGGCCAUUGGCUUCACGGCUCUCAAUUUUCUCAUCGCCUUCUCAAACCUGGCCUAUGUGCCCGUGCUGCGCAAGUUGCGCAACAUCUAUGACUUUAAACCCUUCGAGAACGAGGCCAACAUCCUCAUGCAGGACCCGCCGAACAAGGAGUACCAGACCUACGUCAUGCACGACCAGAAACCGGUGGAGGGCGGCGUAAAGAACCACCUGGAGUACGGGCAGCAGUACCAGCAGGAGCAGGAGACCAAUCUGGAUGACCAGCAGUACGACUACCAGCAGCAGCAGGGAUACCAGCAAUCGGGUGGCUAUCAGCAGGAUCAGGGCUAUCAGCCGGGUUACCAGGAGCAGGGCGGCAGCUAUGCCAGCCAGGGACAGCCGCGAGUGGCCAAUCCCUUCCAGCAACAGCAACAGCAGCAGCCGCAGAGCAGAGGUCCUGGCGGACCAGCGAAUCCCUUUAGGCAAGGAUUUUAAACUGUUGCCCGGUCUUAAAACGUGUUCUUUUGCGCAUCUCCAUGUGCAUUCCGUUCGAUUAUAUCUGUUGGACAUAUGAACUAUAUAUAUACUCUACACAAAACACAUAUACCUACAUUUAUAUAUAGUAUAAUAGACAUAUAGGCAAGUGGUACGUACACUAUAACGAGCAUAACAUGCAGAUAGUUAAUACAGCAGCUAGUUAAUGCCUUGCACUGCACCAAGUUUUGUAUUAUACACGAAAUGUUGAAGCAACUAACUAAAGGUGGUGAUGGGAAGGGGACUCUUUGGUUAUCCCGGGAUAGAAGAGGGUGAAUUAAAUUUUUUAAAAUAUUUAAAGAUUCAAUUAGACGUAGAGGUUUCUUAUUUCUUUAUUUAAUAGAGGAAUUUUUCAAAAAUUAGAAACAGGAAAAGGGAUAUACAUAAAGGCAUUAUAAUUUUCAAGAUGGGUAUCGACAUACGGUAUUUUUGCACUACAACUUUUAGAUAGUCUAUUGAUAUUUUGUAAAAAAAAACCUGUUAAAAAAUAUCAAAGGAAUAUAAACCACUUUUUCGUCACAAAUUGGCAUUAUAAAAUAAUUUUCCCUGAAAGAAAUAAAGACCCUCCUCACCUUGGUUAACCAAAGAAGUACUCCCCAUCGCUGACAACUCGCAUAUAUGCAUCAGCAUAUAUAGCAGCUAUAUAGUGCGACCCGAUCGGGUCGCCUAUGCCCUAUACUCAGUACUCAUGCAGCCGUUUUCGUGUCUAUCAGUCAGUGAAGCUAGAGAAACCAAAGCUAGGCUUAGUUAGUUUUUAAGGGGAAACAGCACUCCCGCCAUAUCAAAUACAUAUACACCUGCAUACUAUAUACAGACAUAUAUGUAUCAGAUAUUAUAUACACACGCAUAUAUAUAGAUAUAUCUAUAUACAAGUUAGCCAUAAGCGGCGUGGCUGGCCAGCGGACCAUUUUCGCCCGAAGACCGCCGUAUCACAGGCAAUGGCAUUCCAUAUCGCAGACAUAUCAAAAGUUGCACAAAUCGGAACCAAAAAAGUAAACUCUUUCGGGUGCCAUUGUGGCGGUUGUUGGGCCGGAAAUGGAUUCCCGGCCAGCCGGGCUAUAUGAUUUCCGGUUUGCAAAAUAUUUUCUGUUCAACGUUAUUUAACAUAAGACACAACCAAGGUAACGAUACAUAUCAGAGUCUCGAUGGCUCGCCUGUUAAAAUUACCAAAAGUGAUAUUACUUAUUGCUACUAGUCUACACCUACAUACAUAUAUAUAUAUCGUAUCAUAUCGGUGGCAUACACCCUACUUUUAGGCCCGUACAUGACCAUGUACAUAGGUUAUAUAUAUAUAUACAUAAAACCAACCAAUGGAAACAGAGAUCAUGUUUCAUAUUUACCUACCAAUCAAUUAUUAUUUGCUUGUCGACUCUAUGAGCAAAUCGGGCGGACCGCCGAUCAGGAGGGACCGCCGCCAUAGUAGCUCUUCGAUAGCAUAGCAUAUAUAUAAAUGUGUGUACCUUGUCUAUAAGAUAAAGAGAUAAACCUAUGGAUAAUGAUAAAUACAGUACGAUAUUUUUGAUUCGUUUCGACUGCACACCACUUUUUGAGGGCCCUUUUACGGCCCCUAUAUAUUAUACACCUUUUAGCUGAAUCUCAUGAGAGAUUUAUUACGUAUCUUUAUAAGCCAACUGAUCUUUUGUAUACAACUAAGCAUGCGUAUAUGGAGGAAGUUAUGUGUAAAUUUGUCAGUUAUUUACGAGUAUAUAUAUCACAGACUUUCAGCAUCCGUGAACAUAUCAGUGAAACGGCCAUUUCGGAACUAGAAACUUGACUAGAAAGAAUGAGAAUAUGUGUAUCUUAUGAAUUACGAAAGCAAUUUACAGAAAUGCACUGAUUUUUGUAGAUAUAUUAUGAUUUAUAUAUAUUUAUUUACAAUACCUUUAAGUUAAAAAAAUAUUAAGAAAUAUUUUUCUAUUCAAGAACCCAGCAAAACAAAAUUGUUGUCUGUUUCUAAGGUUUGCUUGGUUUACAUUUUGUUUUUUAAACCAAAAUAUGGUUUCUUUAGGUAUGAUUAUUCCUAUUUAAAAUGAUAUUAUUAUUUGUAGGUCUUUAAAUACCUAAUUUAAUUUAUGUUUAAUUAGUCGACACUCACUUAACACCUUAAAUAAUUACAAAAUGAAAAGGAAUAACUAUAGAAAUACUCUUAGCUAUAAUAUGAAUUAAACUCAUGAAAAAAUCUCCCAUCAAAAGUAUCAAUUAAAACGAAGGACAGGUGACGAAGAGGCGAAAAGAUAAAAAGUGUUAAAGCAACCUACAUAUUUAUAUACAUAUAUAUAUGAGAAGCAAAACCAUAAAAACCAGAACAAUUAAUAUAGUCAAUAAAAAGCAUAAAUAUCAUUAUGUAACAUAUUAUAAAUAGAAGGUUUAUUUAAGUAGCUAACAAUAGAAUUUUAAUAACAAUUAACCGAAACAUAAUUAUACUUAAUGAAACCUCAAAAAGCAAUAUUUAUUUAAGUUUCAUCUAAAAAAACCAACCCUGCAAAGUCUUUAAAUUUCAAUAUUUAUACUUUCCAAAAAUGUUUAAAUUAUAAUCUUUAAAGGUUUAAAACUUUCCCAGGCUUUCAGGGCUGGCUGUAGAUAGAUGUUACAUUAAAUUUCAAGCCGUCAAGAUUUCAAUAGAUUUUAACCAUCGUUUUUGGUAGAGCGCAACAUGUAUAUGAAUCUUCCAGUUUUGGGUUUUCUAAUUAUAUAUUUAUCUACUGCUAAGAUAUAACCAUCACAUAAUGUAGUCAAGGAGCAGGAUUAAGGAUCCUCAGCAGUGUGCCGGCAAUGUGUAAUAACUUACUAAAGGAUUAAGAGCAAAUGGAACGCAUAAACUAGAUGUGUUACUAAGAAAACGAUGUAUAAUAAAAUAUAUAUAUAUAUAUAAAUAUAUAUACAUUUAUGAAAUGAAUUACAAAACACGAUAGCAGUUAAUUGAAUGGUUAUACUCGGCGUAUUACAAGUGUUGAAUGUUCAAUAUAGCAUUAUAUAUGAAUUAUGAAUUAUUAAACGCUAUGGAUAAUUAAUGAAUGAAAAACAAAUUAAUUUUUAAUAUCUAACAAUUACUAUAUGAUAUAGGGGAUUUUACCUUACCGAUGGUAGCACACAGACUUGAAUAAUUUCAUAUUUUUUCAUAUGAGAAAUAAUAUUGAUGACGAUGAAGAUGCCUCUCUCCGACAGUUUCUAUGUGUUGUGCGUGUGAAGAAACGUUUUAGAAAAUUUAAUUGUAAACCCUAGACGAAAUGUAAUGAGUUUGUAAGUGAAAACCCCAAAGAGUUCAGUUUUGUAUUGUAUAUAAGGCAUAUAUAUUGUUAGUUUCGAGUCAAAGUCAAAGUCAGAGUCAAAGUCAAAGUGUUUCAAGUACAUAUACAUAUUAUAGAGUACAGAGCUAAAUUAUUACAAAAAGUCUUUGCAACUUUGUUUCGGCUAAUGUUAUAGACGUUUGUGUUACAUAUUUAAACAAUAAUUAUUAUUACGAUAAACAGUGGAAAUUAUUAUAAAAAAAAAAAUAAGCAAAAACCAGAAAGAUGAAAAACCUAUACCUACAAUUUUAGCCAGUAUCCAAAACCCCAGUUCUGUGACGUUGCUGUUCAAUUUCCAAGUCUAUCCAUCUAUAUUCUAAACGUAAUUAUGUUUGUAUCUGAAUAUCACAACGUUCUGCUAUCCCCGAAAACUAAAAACAAACCUAAAACAAUACAAAUUAAGUGCUAUGCAUAUAAAAACACGAGUGCGUAUAUCGAUGUUCGAUGACUUUACAUAGCUAGAGCCAAAAUAUCCUCAAUAAUCAAAUGUAUACUAUACGAGAUGGCAAAUAAUCAGGAACUGCCUCGGCCUGCCGAGCCUUUAAUGUAUAAGUAUCCUUGAAGUUAAUUUCAGAGUUUUGAGAGAAUUGAAGCUACAUAGCAGUGGAAAGCUUAAAUACACACAACUCGAACUCUGUAACUCACUUCAAGGAUACGCAGCUAAACAAACACACAACUCCCACAUCGGUCUAUGAAUUUAUAAAUGUAUUUGAACUGCAUCAAGCGAGAAUUUCAAAUUGCAAAUGCCAGGUUGCAGAUACAGAUACAGGCAAUGUUAUGAAUAAUGAAUCGAAAUAUAACCGAACGUACGAGUAUAUUAAAGCAUACCACGAAUACAGAUGAUAUUGGCAUGAGCUAUAGAGGAACGAUAAUGCAUUAUUACAGAGCCACACACACACCCCAAACACACCCACAGCCACACAGGAAUAAACAAAACACACACAACAAACAAAAAAAACAUGUA